AAAAGGAAAUUCAGAGAAUUGACAUUAAAUUUACGGGAAGUAAAUACAAACAAUAAUCUAAACACUCCUCUCCGCGUCCUCCCCCGUCUCUCCAUGACCCAUAUCACGAACCAUGCUGCUCAGUAGCAGUAACGCCAGAGGCGCACGAGGAAAUUCCAAAAGUUCACGAGGAUCAAGAGGUCGCGGACAGACGGGUCGAGGAGCUUCAAACAACUCUUCUGCUACACCACCUGCUAGUGCGACAACAACGACAGAUCCAUUCGAAAAAGCGCGACUCGAGAAUGCUGCGAAGCGCGAACAGAGGGGCCAAAACGGGACUGCGACCAAUACCAGAGGAAGAGGUUCAUCGCGCGGAGGGCUACAUAGCAAUAAACAAGUCCGAUUCGCGACUCCACCAUUCGAGGAACAAACUGGCCCUCCUGCCAACGCAACACCUUCAGAUAUGAAUAAUUCUUUUGGAUCGGGGACCGCCACGCUCUCCAAUCCAUUCUCAUUCACUACAAAUACAAACACAUCAACAAAUGUCUUCGGGGCACCUACUGGACCUAAAAGCAGUUCGUCCUCGCCAUUUGCUCCUUCAUCUGGCUCCAAUCCUCCUAACACCAAUGUUUUCGGAUCGAUAGGUGCAGCUCAGCCUACAGCAGUAAACCCAUUUGCUUCUUCAAAUGCAUUUGGCGCUGCAUCCCCUUCAUCGAACUUUGGCAUCCCAUCAAGUGGCUCUACAACUCCUUUGUCUUCCCUGGUCAAUUCUCAAAACCCGGGUAUUUUGAAAGGAACGAGAGGCGCGUCCUCAAAACAAGUCUCACUCGAGAAGAAACCCGAGAAACCUGCCCCGCAAAAUACCUCGAAAAAGUCGGUCCAAGUAAAUAAUGGCUUUACAGAUAAAAAGAACAAAGCAUCCAACCAGUCGAAGUCAGGCUUCGAAAACGUCUCAUCCACGACUUCGGACAUGGCCUCAUUUGCCUCAAGCAGUGAGCUAGCCACUAAGAUUAACGCUCUAUUACGAAAAGAGAAAAUCGCCUCUCCACGAUGCAAUGCGAAAAAUCCAGGGGAUCCUCGCGAGAAGGCAGCUGUAAAGAGCUAUUUAGAUGAGCUUAAGAAGUAUCGAGCACGCGUUCGCGCAUCCCUCAUCAAAGGCGGUUUCAUCGACGAUCCUCUCAAACCAAAGAAACUCAGCGAAGCUAUCGAUUUCAAAGGAACAUGCGACCAGAUGUGCCCAGAAGAAGAAAUCAUACGAAGAAUCAUCGAAGAUGAUGUUCAGCGUGCCGAAAAGGAGCAAGCCCCUGACGGAUCCAUGCGUCCUUCACCUCAAAUGAUGAUUAAAAAGCUGGCUAGAUCUGCCGCAGGAGAAGAUGCACCACUUCCUCAAGAUGUCCGUUCACCUGCUGCACUCAGGCGAACACUCGAUUAUCUCAUCGACACAGUUUUAGGAGAGGAUGAUAAUCUUGCAGCUCAACAUGAGUUCUUGUGGGAUCGAACACGUGCGAUACGUCGGGAUUUCGUAUUUCAAUCCUCAAUGAGCCCACCAGAAUUGGCUGAUCAAGUUUACUGCCUUGAAAAGAUCACCCGGUUCCACGUUACUGCGUUACAUCAGAUGUCGAAACCUGAGGUUGCACCGGAGAACUUUGUGGAGCAACAGGAGGUUGAACAACUUAGCAAGUCUCUCCUUUCGCUGAUACAUGCUUAUGAGGAUUGCAAUUUGCAAAAUAUACCUUGCGAGAAUGAAGCCGAAUUCAGGGCAUACUAUGUACUGCUUAAUAGCAGUAAUCCCGGAAUCCUGGAGACGGUACAAAAUUGGGGGUGGAAAUUUUGGGGAGAAUCGGAGCAAAUUAAGAUUGCCGUUGGCUUAGUUGAAUGUCUACAAAAUAUCUGGAGCCCACGUGGCCCGCUACAACCAUUUUCAGUAUUGAACGUCGCAGAAAAUGCCUUCUCUCGCUUCUUCACGAUUCUGAAAGGGGAGAAUGUUUCAUAUACAAUGGCUUGCUUCGCUGAGAUGCACUUCAACGAAGUUCGGAAGAACGCACUAAAGACAAUAUUAUCGGCCUAUCAGCGUCAGCGUGAUCAGCCAAAGGACUGGAAUAUUGCCAAAUUAAAUCAAUACUUGCACUUCGACGAUCCAUGGGAGAUAGUUGACUUUGGCGAAGCUUAUAGCCUUCGAUUCGACGACCUGGAUGAUGAUCCCUGCUUAUCAUUAGCCUUGGAUAAUCAAGUCGUUGAUCCAUUUCCUCCCAUCAAACAGCCCCAUUCCGUGGAAGUUGUCGAGCGAAAACGUACUGGUCAUACUCUCACGGAGGUAAUCGAUAUGACUGUGUACGAAAGGGUGUCGGCAACGACAACUCAGGGUGAAGAAUCAAGCUCCGACGAUGGAUUGUUUGUGAAGGACAAUAUAGGAGGGCCUUUGAACGUGGAGGGCGCGAACUCAUUCUCACCAGCAAGUACAUUUCCUCAAUCACCAAAGCCUCUCGGCUUUCCAGCGGCACAAAUACCACCUCAGCAGGCUUUUGCGACGUCUCCAGCCACGCCAUUAUUCGGCUUUCCAUCCGCAAGUCAGGCAAAUACUGCCCAGCCCGCCACCAAAAUCUCGUCAGAGAAACCAAAGGAUGCAAACACUCCCUCUAGCUUAUUCGCCGCACCUGCCCCAGUCGCCGCAUCUACUCCAUUCGCUUCAUUUACUCCCUUUGCAGCCACACCAACAAGUACGCCGCCGCCACAACCUAAGACUGCAGAGCCAGCAAAGUUCACCUGGACAUCAGACAAUGGAGCAUCAUCGAAAUUACCACAAACUUCGACAGAUCCACCAAAAUUCAAUUGGCCUUCAGAUAGUCCAGCCUCUUCAAGCCUACCCCGAACAACUCCCACAGAAAGUCCGAGACUUUCUCAAUCAUCAGCAAUCAAAACUCCUACUCCUCCAACUCCAGCUCCAGUCCAGCAGAUCACUGAGCCCGAAGUCAAUGAUUGGAGUUUCAGUUUUAAACCUGUGCCUCAAUCCAUGUUGUCCGAACCGGUACCGCAAUCUUCUGCAUUUGAAACCGCGAAGGCCACUCCAUCUGUUCCAGCAUCACAGCCGGAUAUCAGCAAUCUAUUUAAACCUGUCGUGAAAGAAACCCCGCAGCCUGUUAUUCAGAUACCCGCACCUGAAGUCUCCCCACUAGACAAUUUUGCAAAAUGGAUUGCCCUCGGCGAGGAUGGAAUCGUUGAACAAUUCAUGACAUAUACCGUCCAGACCUUAGUUCAAGAAACAAUGGAAAAUUUUAUGAAAGAGGAGGCCAAGAAGGCAAGAAAGGAGGCUAAGCGAAUUGCCGAAGAGGAGGAGGAAUUGGCACGAAAGGAAGCUGAUGAGUUCCGACGUAAUGCAGUAGCCGUGAAAUAUUUAAAAAUGUGGCGGGUCAACGCCCAUAAUCUAUGGGUACGCCGACAAGGGAGCAAAGCUAGAAGAGCUCGAGUAGAACAUGCUGAAAGUAUGAGAGCCUCCAAGGCUGCACUUUCGGCAAGCGUUGUUGACGACUUUAGAGUUUCAAUCUCAAAGGGUAAAAAGCGAGUGAAAAACAGUCCUUCCAAAGAUCGACGACCAAGCCUAGGGAUCCUCUUGGAAGGAACUAGGGUUCUUGAAGGUGUGCACAACCCACAUGACGAGAUACGAGAUAUUGUGUAUAAUAGACAUACCGAACAUGGCAACAAGCGAUUCAAGUCUUCUGUAUCUUCUAUCGCAUCGGAUUCGAGUUCAAACACGCAUACACGCAGUCAGUAUGAGGAUCCUCUCCAACGUUCAUUACUCUCGGAUCCUUCUUUCCUCAAUGGAGGAUCUCGGAUUCAUCUUUUGCCCAGCUAUCAAGCGGAAAACGAGACUCGGUCACAGCUUAGUGGUGUACAAACGGAUUAUUUCCGUUUGAAAGCCAGAGGCAUUACCACUCUUCCUAAUGGAACGCCUCUUGCUACUUCUGUAGCGAGAGACCCUUUACGCCAAAAACAAUUUUUCGAAGGUAGUGGUAAGCCCAUUAGACUUCGAAGACCGAUGAUACCGAAAGAGCAACCAAUACCAAGAAGCAGCCCCGCUAGGGAACCCGCUCAACAAUUACUUCUCCCUGCACCAACUGGCGAUGAAGAUAUCCAGCGCCUAAAAGAGCGAGCUAGAGCCGUUAUGGCAGUUGAUUCCGGAACAAAGCGUGGACUGGUUGAUGAUGAUGAUGAUGAACUGUUUGAGAGAGCAAAGAGAAUUAGAGAAAGGAUGGAUAAAGAUUCAGAGUGGUUAAGGCGAGAAGUUGAUAGGUAUUCUGAAAGUAGAAGUGGGUCAUGGUCAUAGAUGUAUCAACAGCAUUUUGGGCGUUUUAGUAGCAAGGCGGUUCUUGUGAGGGUAUUUCAAAGGAAGGAGUUUGGAAGCUAAACUUUGCAUCUAUGGUAGGCGUUGAAAGGAUUUUAUAGGAUGAGGUUGAUGAUACCUUGAUACCUUUUUGGCAUUAACAGAAUGUCACACAAAGAGAGGUUGGAUGAGAUCAGGCAAAAAAAAUAUCAAUCUUCAUUUGAUUAAUGAAUGUUUUCCUAUAUAGUUUUCUUGAUAUUUAUCUGGUGAAAU